AUUCCUGAAUCGACUACUAAUGAAGGCGGUUGUACGCAUCCCUAUUUUCCGUGUCAUUUUGACAGUUCGCGCCAUUUUUGUGACGUUGUUUUUUUGAGUGAAAUUUUAUCAGAUUCCAAUUGGAUUUUUUGAUGCUGAAGCCACGCGUGAUGAGACGCAGAGAAAGUUUAUUUUUAUAAUAAUAGCAAAACCACAUGCAAAACACCAGCACACCACAUGUCAAUAAGCACCUAAGUCUACUGAACUUUUGUAGGUAAAUGAACUUGGCAACAUGGCCGACUACGAGCUGAUACCUACUUACGAUGAAGAUGAACUAUUUCAAGAUAAAGAUAAUAAUGUUACUGAUCUACACACUUAUUAUAUGACGCAAUUCAAUUUAGAACUAGAAAAUGGAAAUAAGAAAAACGAUAAUUUUAAAUAUGGUGUAGAAGAAAGUUUUGAUUUCGAAGUUUUAGACGAUUGGAAUCAACAUCAGAGUAACGUGACAGAUUUCGAAAUUAUUGGACAAGUCAUCGAUGGUAAUGUCAACGAACAAAACAUGAAAGAAGUUUUACUUGAUUUAGAUAGCAUAGACUUUGAUGAAAGUUUUAAUACAGAAUCGAAUCAUGGCAAACCUCAAGAAAAACAGAGCUAUGAAAUUAACAACGAAUAUAUCGAUGACGAGUCAUUAAUAGAUGAACUUUGUAGGGAAGACAAUGAAAACUGUAGAUUAAGUCCUAACGCUUUCAAUGAGGAAUUUAAUGAAAAAUCAGCAGAUGACAAAAUCAACCUGCCAUCUAUAGAGGCUGCAUUUUCAAAGAGAUAUGGUACUUAUAACAAUACAGACAUAGUUGUGCAGCAAAAUUUUGAAACACAAAUCAAUACUAUACCCGUAAUGAAUAGUUUAGAACAUUAUAGUUAUCCUAAUAAUGUACUUUACAAUCUUGAGACAGAUAAAAACUAUAUUUUGCCUGAUACACCAACAAGUUGUACGGAAUUCAGUUUUGAGAAGAAUGAGAGAAAGGUAUCAAUAUCGGAAUCGAUCGAGAGUGAUGUUCAAAGUAUGAGUUAUUAUGAUGGAAACUCGGAAACUUUCGACGAAGAAGAUUUGUUUGUAAAUUUAGAUGAUUUUGGUCUAACAUUAGAAACAGAGGAAGCUAUAGGUACAGUUGAAGAUCGUGGUUAUUAUGAACAUGAAAGAAAGACAGAAAAAAAUAGAACUCAGGGAGAUAGGGUUUGUUCAUGGGAGCAUUGCUACGAAAGAUAUCCAAAUCAAAACACUCUUGUGGAACAUAUUGAAAGGGUCCACGUGAACACUUAUAAAGGUGACGAAUUCAGCUGUCUAUGGAGGGACUGCGCACGCGCACGACGGCCCUUCAACGCGCGGUACAAGCUCCUAAUACACAUGAGAGUUCACUCUGGCCACAAACCCAAUAGGUGUCAUCACCCCGGAUGUGGGAAGGCGUUCUCACGACUAGAAAACCUGAAGAUCCACAUGAGAUCCCACACGGGGGAGAGGCCAUACGCCUGUCCAGCUCCUCAUUGUAAGAAGGCUUUCUCCAACUCCUCAGACCGGGCGAAACACCAAAGGACACAUUUUAAUGCUAGGCCGUACGCCUGCGGAGCCAUAGGUUGCGGAAAGCGAUACACUGACCCAUCAUCCUUGAGGAAACACGCCAAGUCACAUCCCCACAUCAACGUGCCCCGCACGUGCAUAGCACCAGCUCGACCAAUCAGAAGACCAGAGCAGGAACAACUAGUCCCAAGUUCUCCGGCUAAAUUAGCCACGUUAAGAUGCAUUAGGGAUAAACUGACAGUGCCUAGAAUGCAAAGAUUGUAAUAAAAUAUGCUAUAACUGUCUCCUAUAUUGUAGUCCCAUAAUGAGUAUUUUAGGAUUUUGAGUAAAACGUUGUGGACCGUUGAGGAGGAGUGGAACAGUAUGACGGAAGAAUAGUUCACCUAUUGAUUGGUAUUCGACGAGAAAGAAAAGUAUGUAUGUAAUCAUAUAUUCAAAGUCGAUAAAUAUGUCACUUUAAUAAAUAAAUAAUAAAUAAAUAUAUCAGGACAAAUCACACAGAUUGAGCUGGCCCCAAAUUAAUUUCGAGACUUGUGUUAUGGGAUACUAACUCAACGAUACUAUAUUUUAUAACAAAUACAUAUAUAGAUAAACAUCCAAGACCCGGGCCAAUCAGAAAAAGAUCAUUUUCCAUCAUGACCCGACCGGGGAUCGAACCCGAGACCUCUCGGUUCAGUAGCAAGAACUUUACCACUGCGCCACUGAGAUCGUCACUUUAGUUAAUUAGUUUUAUUAAUUACGUGAUUUACUACUUUUUCGGUCUCGUUAAAGUAUUAUAAGAAAUACUUCCCGACUCCAAAAUCUGUGACGUCACAAUAUAUUAUCUGUCAUACAAGCUCCAUAUAAAAUUUUGUUUUUGACAUUAGAAAAUCGUGUCUGAUUUGAGUAUUUAACUAAUAGCCAAAUUUUUUACCCCCGACUAUAGAAUGAUAAGACAAUGUCCGUGGCGUCGUAACAGCCAAACGGCUGAACCGAUUUUGAUCUAGUUUUUUUCAUUUGAAAGAUAAUUUAAUCGAGUAUUUUCUUAUGUAUGUUUAGAAAAUGUAUGAUCAGCCGCUUGGAAGCUAUCAUUUUUUUUCUAGCGGAUGUGAGACCAGCCACUUUAUCUUAAUUAUUUUAUUUAAUUUUUUUAACUAUGUGUAUGUAUAUAUUCCUAGAAACAUCGGGACCAAAGUGCUUCCAAACACAAAUUAAUUUUAAGAAAAUUGAUGCUCAAUUUAGUAAUUAAGACUGAAUUAUUGGCUCAAUUGUUUAACUUGUAUUGAAAUAUAUUAUAAUUUGUGUGUUUGAAACACAGUUUGAUGCAUUUAUUUUUAAGUUUAAUAGUUCAAUGGAUUUUAAUUGACAAUAUAAUGUCUUCCAAUAUUUUGAUAUAUCAGGCGAGAUUUUUCUAGUCUUGCUUGUACAAUAUAUUAUACUAAUAAAAAUAUGAAAAGUUUAAAUAUAGAUAUAUUUUAUGAAAAAUUAAAAAAUAAUAAUAAUUGUAAAAUUUUACACGUGACGUGAGACUCUUGUUUUAUAGGUAAAUAUUUUUUAAUACGUUUAUUACAAUUAAAUAUAAAAUUAAAUUGAUUUUUCUCACAGUUUACUGAAGUCAGUGACCAAGUAUUUCUCGAUAAAAUUGUGUUAGUUUAUGUAUUUGGUUGUGUGUGACACAGAUCUCUUAUGCUAAAAAAGGUUAAUAAUUAAAAUUUUAGUUUUCCUAAAAGACACCUACUUUUGCUCAAUUUUUAUGAACCUAGAUAAAAAUAUAUGAAAUUAUAAUGUAUAAAUUAUAAUUAUAAUGUGUAUACGCAUACUUAAGUGUCUACGUAUUUUAAAGUUAAGAAAAAUAGAAUAACUAUCUAUAAAUAUAUAUUAAGUAAGAAAGUCCUUUCUUACUUAGAUAUACUUUUGAAAAAUGUACAAAUUGCAUGCUUUCCAAAGAAUCUCCUAUUAAUAUAGGUAGGUUAUUAAAAUUUUUGUUUUUACUUAUAAGAUUUUCCAUUUUAAGAUCUCUAUAAAAUAAUUUUAAAUAAUAUUUAGUAAUAUAAGUGAUAAAUCAAGAUAUUUGUCUGAAAAUAUUUUUUUACAAUUUAAUAUAAUUUUUUUUAAUUCUUUCUAUAAUAUUCAGAGAAUGAAGCCACAGGCAAAAUCAUUGUAAGUACUUAAAAUAAUUUUAAAAUUGAAAAUAUUUGUAGAAAUAUAUUAAUAGCAAGCAUCGAAGAUUCGAAAACCUCAUGAAAAAUGGACAAUAUACAAAAUUGUUGUUAACGACAAGUGUCUUUAUUUAU